AUGGAUAUUUUGUAUCUAUGCAAGGAUGUCUUAAAGAUUCAGAAGUUUAGGCGACUGGCGUCUUAUGCUGGAUUUUAUUCAUUCACCACCCUCGUUACCUAUGCUUACACAAGCAAUACGACAAGGGCUGGCAUUUCGAGGGCUGAUCAGUAUUAUGCCGCCUACCCUUCUGGUACUGAGCUACUGACUGAUACUGCAAAGCUUUACAAGGCUGCGUUGGGUAAUUGUUUCGAAAUAGACGACUGGGGUCCAAUAGAAUUCUCCAUCAUGGCAAAGCAUUUUGACCGGCAAGGCAAACCACCAUAUGCCUACCAUGCUGUAACUCUUUUGUGUGUCAGUGUUCAUAGCAGAAUUAGUUUGUGUUCUCUUGCUCGAUCUGCCGUUUCACCAGCAAAGACCAGUGACCUUAAUCCUGCACCUGGAGUUGUAGGUGCAUGA